UCGAGAUCUCGCCCAUUCCGAUAAAGAUGGCGGCUCCCUGACGCUGCAUGUGGCUUCGGAAGGAGGCGAACUCGUUGAUAUCAGCGUAUUACGUCGUAUUUAGUCUCACACAAAGCGACAGAAGCGGAGGAGGCGAAGCUUCGAGCUUCUCCGCGCGGAAGUCAAGAUGCAACACGACGACGUGAUCUGGGACAUAAUUGGAAACAAACAGUUCUGCUCCUACAAAGUAAAGACGAGGACUCAGGGCUUCUGUCGGAACGAGUACAACAUCACGGGAUUAUGUAACCGGUCGUCCUGCCCGCUGGCCAACAGCCAGUACGCCACCAUCCGGGAGGAGAAAGGUCAGUGUUUCCUCUACAUGAAGGUGAUCGAAAGAGCAGCGUUUCCUGCCAAGAUGUGGGAGAAGGUGAAGCUCUGCAAGAACUAUGAGAAAGCUCUGGAGAUGAUCGAUGAGAAUCUCAUCUACUGGCCUCGCUUCAUUCGGCACAAAUGCAAACAGCGCUUCACCAAAAUCACCCAGUACCUCAUCCGCAUGCGCAAACUGGUGCUGAAGAGACAGAGGAAACUGGUUCCUCUCAGCAGGAAGGUGGAGAGGAGGGAGAAGAGGAAGGAGGAGAAAGCUCUGAUCGCUGCUCAGCUGGACAACGCCAUCGAGAAGGAGCUUCUGGAGCGACUCAAGCAGGGAACGUACGGAGACAUCUACAACUUCCCCGUCCACGCAUUCGACCGAGCUCUGGAGCAGCAGGACGAGGAGAGCGAGGAGGAGGAGGAGGAGGGCGAGGACGAGGAGGAGGAGGACGAGGACGUCGGGAAGAGGGAGUUUGUUGCAGAGGAAGAAUUGGAGGAGGACGACCUGAGCGACUUUGAGGACAUGAACAAAUUGAGGACGAGCAGCGACGAGGAGGAGGAGUCCAGUGAGGAGGAGGAGGAGACGAAGGCCUCCAGGUCAAAGGGCAAAUCUCCGGCUAACGGCUCGGCGCCGAGGAGGAAACGGGCGUUCGUGGAGAUCGAGUACGAGACGGAGCCCGCCCCCAAGAGCAGGGCCUCGUUAUGAUGUCACUGCCCUCUGCUGAGGACACGCCCCCAUCGGGCUGUCGGGUAAUGGACAUGGACGAAUCAGAUCACCGAAAGUGACUGCGGUGUUUUAUUGAAUCACCAGUUUGUGAUAAUGUCUGAAAAAACAUGUUUGUGUCAAUAAAUCCAUUUGAGAGAA